AUGGCCGUCGCCCAGGAGCAGCUCGACAACGGCCUCGAUAAGCGCGGGGGAACUAGCGAGAGCUUCUAUGAGAUGCUCAACGAUGACUUGGCUCGCAUCACCCUGCUGUCGCUCGGGUGCCUCGUCGCGGCCGUGUAUGUCUGGAAACUCUCUCUGCAUUUCUCUGACCAUCUGCGCCGUCUGGCCAGCUUCAGCAAUGACAAGCAGCGGUACUUUCUCUCGCCAAAUCGCACCUGGGCCAACAUCAAGGAGCAUAUUAUCUAUGCCCCUCUCUUUCGCGUCCGCCAUAACCGUGAAUUCAAGCUGUCUCGCGCUGUCAACAUGGGCACCCUGCCUAGUCGGUUCCAUACACUGCUGUUGCUGGGAAUCCUCGCCAUGAACGUCACCCUGUGUGUCGUGACUGUGCCGUACCAUUCCGAAGAGUCCACCACGGCUGGUAUUAUCCGGAAUCGCACGGGGACCAUGUCCGUCGUCAAUAUGAUCCCCCUUAUCCUCCUGGGUGGCCGGAACAACCCGUUGAUUCCGCUGCUUUGUAUCUCGUUUGACACAUACAACCUGCUGCACCGCUGGCUGGGUCGCAUCGUGGUCCUGCAGGCCCUGGCCCAUGUGAUUGCUUGUCUUAUCCCAGAUAUCCAAGAAAAGGGCUGGUCUGCUGAAUGGGCUCAUGUGUUUUCAGACAACUUCCUGCUAGUGGGAUUUAUUUCUUGCGUCGCUUUCGUUGCCAUCGUUGUCCAGUCGCCUUCCGCCCUCCGCCAUGCCUUUUACGAGACUUUUCUUCAUCUCCAUAUCGUCCUCGCGGUCGUCGCUUGCGCCUUUCUGUGGAUACAUCUGGACGGAUUUGUAUCACAGGCCUAUCUUCUCGUCGCUCUCGUCUUUUGGGGUUUUAGUUGGACGGCGCGCUUGGUUAUACUUGCCUAUCGAAACUUCGGCAAUGGUUCCACUACCGCUUUGGUUGAGGCGUUGCCCGGUGAUUGCCUCCGUGUCACCAUCAGGAUGGCUCGUCCCUGGAAAUACCGGCCUGGACAGCAUCUGUACCUGUAUAUCCCCUCGGUGGGAUGGUGGAUGUCACACCCGUUCUCGGUCGGCUGGAGUGAGACCGAGGAGAUCACGAUCGAUGGAAAAGGGAUCCCAAUGACUCACCAGGACGUGCUGGCCUCGCGGAAGACCACGGUAUCCCUUUUGGUGCGCCGCUGCACGGGCUUCACGGACAAAUUAUUCCAGCGCGCACAGAAUAACAUCGGCUCCCGCGUCGUCCUGCGGGCUAUGGUCGAGGGUCCCUAUGGCAGCAUCCAUUCGAUGGAUUCGUACGGCAGUUGCAUGCUCUUCGCCGGCGGUGUUGGCGUCACCCACCUGAUUCCCUUUGUGCAGCAUCUGGUGCGCGGAUAUGCCGAGGGGACCGUGGCCGCACGACGGGUGACCCUGGUCUGGAUCAUCCAGUCGCCUGAGCACCUUGAGUGGAUCCGUCCCUGGAUGACGAGCAUUCUCGGCAUGGAGCGUCGCCGCGAGGUCCUGCGCAUCAUGCUGUUCAUCACUCGCCCCCGGAGCACCAAGGAGAUCCAGAGCCCGAGCACGACCGUCCAGAUGUUCCCGGGCCGCCCGAACAUCGACACCCUGAUCGGGAUGGAGGUGGAAAACCAAAUCGGCGCCAUGGGGGUGUUGGUCUGCGGCAACGGGGGGUUGAGUGACGACAUCCGUCGUGUCUGUCGGCAGCGACAAGGCCGAACUACGAUCGAUUUCAUCGAGGAAAGUUUCACCUGGUAG